AUGGACUGGGGCUGGAGGAGUGUUCAUGUGACUGCAGCGCUGUGGUUCUCCGUGCAGACCACAUGUUUGACUAUUGCUUUAGAAACCCUCCAGUCUUCUCUUUCCCUCUUCCUCCAGACUAUCGCUUUAGAAACCCUCCCGUCCUCUCUUUCCUUCUUCCUCCAGACUAUUGCUUUAGAAACCCUCCAGUCCUCUCUUUCCUUCUUCCUCCAGACUAUUGCUUUAGAAACCCUCCAGUCCUCUCUUUCCUUCUUCCUCCAGUCUGACUAUCGCUUUAGAAACCCUCCAGUCCUCUCUUUCCUUCUUCCUCCAGACUAUUGCUUUAGAAACCCUCCAGUCCUCUCUUUCCUUCUUCCUCCAACUAUCGCUUUAGAAACCCUCCAGUCCUCUCUUUCCUUCUUCCUCCAGACUAUUGCUUUAGAAACCCUCCAGUCCUCUCUUUCCUUCUUCCUCCAGACUAUUGCUUUAGAAACCCUCCAGUCCUCUCUUUCCUUCUUCCUCCAACUGACUAACGCUUUAGAAACCCUCCAGUCUUCUCUUUCCUUCUUCCUCCAGACUAUCGCUUUAGAAACCCUCCGUCCUCUCUUUCCCUCUUCCUCCAGUCUGACUAUCGCUUUAGAAACCCUCCAGUCCUCUCUUUCCCUCUUCCUCCAUCCGACUAACGCUUUAGAAACCCUCCAGUCCUCUCUUUCCUUCUUCCUCCAGACUAUUGCUUUAGAAACCCUCCAGUCCUCUCUUUCCUUCUUCCUCCAGUCUGACUAUCGCUUUAGAAACCCUCCAGUCCUCUCUUUCCCUCUUCCUCCAACUAUUGCUUUAGAAACCCUCCAGUCCUCUCUUUCCUUCUUCCUCCAGUCUGACUAUCGCUUUAGAAACCCUCCAGUCCUCUCUUUCCUUCUUCCUCCAGUCUGGGGCAGAGCGCAGGCCGGACAGUUGGACUCACACUUCACUUGGGACUAA